AUGUAUAGUGGACAACUAGGCGUAAGCUUAGACAAGCAAUGCAAAGAGAUUAUAGAAUCAAUGACGUUUAUGUGGGAUACAUCAAAAAACCUGCAACAGAUAAUUGAGCGGUUUAAAGUACUUAGUAAUAAUGUACUAAAAACGUCAGUGGUGACCUCACUUGGCUUUUGGACUAUAUGGCUUUUGGACUAUAUGGCUUUGGACUACAUGGCUUUUCGAAUAUAA